AUGCCAAGUGUUAAGCCUGGUGCAUCUGACAAAGACUCAGAACCAUUUGUUGAAGUUGAUCCAACUGGAAGAUAUGGCAGAUACAGUGAACUGCUUGGAUGUGGUGCUGUGAAAAAGGUGUACAGGGCAUUUGAUCAAGAAGAGGGGAUAGAGGUGGCUUGGAACCAAGUGAAACUGAGGAACUUCAGUAAUGACCCUGCAAUGGUGGAAAGGCUUUACUCUGAGGUGAGAUUGCUCAGAAGCUUAACCAACAAAAACAUCAUAUCCCUUUACAAUGUUUGCAGGGAUGAGAAGCACAACACUUUAAAUUUCAUCACUGAGGUCUGCACCAGUGGGAAUCUGAGGGAGUACAGGAAGAAGCACAAGCAUGUGUCCAUGAAGGCCUUGAAAAAGUGGUCCAAGCAGAUUUUGGAAGGGUUGAAUUACUUGCAUUUGCAUGACCCUUGUAUCAUCCACAGAGACCUCAACUGCAGUAAUGUGUUUGUCAAUGGGAACACUGGCCAGGUUAAGAUUGGUGACCUGGGUUUGGCAGCAAUUGUAGGGAAGAGCCACUCUGCACAUUCAGUUCUUGGGACACCAGAAUUUAUGGCACCUGAGUUAUAUGAUGAGGACUACACUGAAAUGGUUGACAUAUACUCAUUUGGAAUGUGUGUGUUGGAGAUGGUAACUCUAGAGAUUCCUUAUAGUGAAUGUGACAAUGUUGCCAAGAUAUACAAGAAGGUGUCAUCAGGUGUGAGACCUCAAGCCUUGAGCAAGAUCAGAGAUCCUGAAGUGAAGGCCUUCAUUGAGAGGUGUCUUGCGCAGCCAAGGGCUAGACCUUCUGCUGCAGAGUUGCUCAAGGAUCCCUUCUUUGAUUUGCUUGAUUAUGAUGAAGAACAUGAUGAUGAUGAUGAGUCUAAUGCUUCAUGA